AUCCCUGAGUUUCCUCCUUGCUUUCUCCUUCUCCAGGCCAAUUCUCCUACAGGAGUCAGAUCCUAUCCAACAUAUCUCCUGGGAAAGCAAGUUAAGAAACAAGAAAAUGAAAGAUUAUUAGUGUGACAUGGAGUUAUAUCGUGGAAAGAAUGGAACCCUGGAAGCAAGGGUUCCGAAAAACUUUCCUUUUGAGAUUAGUUACAGAGAAGGAUUAGGAAGAUGUUUGUUUGCAACCCGUGAAAUUCGACCUGAGGAAACUGUUCUCACAGACUCAGCAAUACUUUUAGGUCCUUCAAACCCUGAUGUUUGCAUUGUAUGCUGCUCUGAGCGGGAUCGGAGAAAGUGCCGAUUGUGUGAUUUUUACGUGUGCUCAUGGUGCAUAGACUCCCACUCCGACGAGGAGUGUUCCGUUCUAGUAAAAGUCGGAUACACAAGGGAUAUGUACAAUGUAGUUCUACCAGUCCGGUUUGCGCUUCUCCAAGUGCGUGAUAAUGAUAUGUUUACAUGGCUUCUCCAGUAUAUGGACCAUAAUGAGGAGAGAAACCGCAAAAACAAAUCCUUACGGCGGUCUACAGAACGGAUGGCUUUAAUUGUUUCCUCAAGUGUUCAAGGGAUUAGCAUUGACCUUGCUCUUCAAAUAAUUGGAAUAUUAUUUACUAAUUGUUUUGAAUUUUCAUCACAAACAAUUCGUGCUCGGGCCCUCUACCCGCUAGUUUCUCUGAUAAACCAUUCCUGUAUACCAAACCUUAGGCACACAAACCUCAUCAAGGAGAUGAGAGGAGUAAACCUCAACGGAGAGAUAGUCGUGAUGGAGCUAGAGACUCAGAGAACCGUUAUGCCUGGAACCCAGCUUACGAUCAGAUACAAUCAUUAUACUCAGGGAAACCUACAAAGACAAAAAUUCCUGUCAGAGCAAUGGUUCUUCCGGUGCCACUGCCAGAGAUGUGAGGAUCCAACGGAAUUUGGGACCAAUACAAGUGGAUUACCUUGUAACCACUGUUCAGGGAUUAUACUUCCAACGAGUGAUCAGGGUUGGGUUUGCAAUCAAUGCGGUGAGACGGAGAGCAUCGACAAGGUUCAAUUAAUGGAGGAGAAGCUUCUCAACCUUGCUGAAACUAAACCCUGUCCGUUCAAUAUCACCACAUCACUUCAGCAACUACAUAAUCUCAGUAAAAUACUCCACACAAACCAUUUUAUCUUAAUGGAUCUCAAAGAAAAGUUUCUGUUUGGUUUCAGUAUGAAUCUGCGAAAGGUUCGCGACCUGUCUUUGGAUCAGAAAAGAAAAUUGGUGCCACUUUGGAGUGCUCAGGAGAAGUAUUGUCGUCAGCUCCUGUCCUACCAUGAGAUACUGGAUCCUGGAAAAAGUCCUUUAAAAACAAAACUCCUUCUAGAGCUGAGGAAAAUUCUUCUCAUCCAGUCUAAGGUUUUAAGUGAAGAGAACAAGGAUAAGGAUGAACUUGUGAGAAAAUUGAAUGAAGUGAAAGGAUUGAAUCAGAUGGUUUAUACUCAGGUUUCACUCUAGGAUUGAAUCAGAUGGUUUAUACUCAGGUUUCACUCUAGUCGAUCUGGAAAUAUAAAGUUUCAAAAUGAUUCCUAUUAUAUAAACUAGAUUCAUAAAAUAUAUGAUAUAAACUUU